UCCACUAUUCACAAUGAAUGAGGCGAUGAAUGAAAUUGAAGCUGAAAGGAAUGCGGUUUUGCAAAGGGCCCUCCCUGCGAGUAAAUGCAGCCCGUGGGUAGCUUUAAUUCUUUAAACUCCAAACCCUCGUUCUUGUUCUCAUUCAUUCUUUUCUCACCUUUCCAUCUCCCUUCCCGGCAGCGAGUUUUGGCCGGAAAAAAAGCUGUUUUUUUCUUUCUUUUUUUGGGCGACAGCGACGGAGCUGAAGAAGAAUGGGUGGGUGCUGCAGCAGAGACGAUGUAGCCAAAGAGGGGCUGAGGAGCAGAGGGGAGGAGGAAUUUAGUGACGUGUUCUGUGAUGAAGGAGGCUUGGAGGGCGGCGUCAGUGCGAUUGAGGACGGUACACGUGUGAGAUUUGAGGGUUCAUGCGGAUUCGCUUCCAUGUACACGCAGCAGGGAUUGAAAGGGGUUAAUCAGGACGCAAUGGUGCUUUGGGAGGAUUUUGGGGGUGAAAAGGGCUCAGUUUUUUGCGGCGUUUUCGACGGGCAUGGCCCAUUUGGCCACAAGGUUGCAGGUCAUGUUCGCGAUAACUUGCCAUCGAAGCUGUCCUCGCAAUUAAAAGCUUUGGGUUCUCAUGUAGACCAUCAGGGUAGUAGUGAUCUUAGCUUCUGCAAUGACAAAUCAAUUGAAUUCAAUGACACCACUGAGUCUUAUGAGACAAAGAAGGAUGAAAAUGGCAAAUGGUUUCCUUCUUGGAAGCGCACUUUCACCAAUGCCUUUGAGGAAUUGGACAAUGAGCUUAGUAUGAAUACCAGCAUCGAUUGCAUUUGCAGUGGAACUACUGCAGUCUCGGUUGUUAAACAUAGGGAGAAUUUGUUAGUUGCCAACUUAGGAGAUUCACGAGCAAUUUUAGGCACAAGAGAUGAUAAAAACAAGCUUGUUCCAGUUCAACUCACCGUGGAUCUGAAGCCAAAUCUGCCUGGUGAAGCUGAGAGGAUUAAUAGUUGUAAGGGAAGAGUCUUUGCACUUAAAGAAGAACCUGAUGUACAUCGGAUAUGGCUGCCUGAUGAUGAUUGCCCAGGCCUUGCCAUGGCUCGAGCUUUUGGUGACUUCUGUCUUAAGGACUACGGCCUUAUCUCAACCCCUCAACUUUCUUCCUGGAAGCUCACAGAGAAGGAUGAAUUUGUUGUCCUUGCAACUGAUGGGUUAUGGGAUGUUCUAUCAAACAAGCAGGUGGUUAAGACUGUGUCUUCUGCUAGGAACCGCGCCGAUGCAGCCAAGCUCUUGGUGCAUCGAGCUGUUAGGACAUGGAGGACUAGAUAUCCGACAUCAAAGAUCGAUGAUUGCGCUGCCAUUUGCCUUUUUCUCAAGCACUCGAGUCUUUCCCCUCUCCCUUCAUUUGAUGGUGGAAUCCAUCCUACAAAAUCUCGUGAGCUAUCAUUCUCUGAAAGCUUCAAAACUGCAAGAAGCAGUGAGACCUCUGAUGCAGAGAAUCUUGGUACCGCGGCAAAUAAAGAGGACUGGACGGCUCUUGAAGGUCUCAGCAGAGUGAAUUCCCUGGUGAAGAUGCCAAGGUUUGCUAGUGUUCUUAGCUGGCGUCGGAGAUCGAUGAAGAUCGAAGAACAAAAUUCCAAAGAAGAAAAGAAAUUGGAAGAUGAUUUUUAAAUAUGAGACUUGCCUCUGCAAUUUAACUCAGAAAAUGUUCAAUUUUGAAGUCAGAGUUUGAGGAAUCUGGAAAAGUGUGAGGUGUGAAGGGCAAGGGAGGCUAGGAAACUUGUCUCUUUGAACACCAUCUGCAAGUCUUCAUAAGUGAGGGACUUGCAGAACUUAUUUUAGACCACUUAUUGGAAUCGCUAUUAUAAAUAAUCUGUGACAUUUUGCUGGCUAUAUUGUGCCAAACAUCUUACAGAAUACAGCUAGUGAAUAAAUGUGAGCUCAUAUUACUCUUA